AUGGGUCGUGUUCGUACAAAAACCAUUAAAAAAGCUUCACGUCAAAUUAUCGAAAAAUAUUAUACAAAAUUGACGCUUGAUUUUCAUACAAACAAACGUGUUGUUGAAGAAAUAGCAAUUAUACCAACAAAACGUCUUCGUAAUCAAAUAGCUGGUUUUAUUACACAUUUAAUGAAACGUAUUCAAGCUGGACCUGUACGUGGUAUAUCAAUUAAACUUCAAGAAGAAGAACGUGAACGACGUGACAAUUAUGUACCAGAAAUUUCAGCACUUGAACCACAAACUAUAAUUGCAAUUGAUCAAGACACCAAGGAUAUGUUAAAUGCAUUCGAUUUUAAAUCAUUACCAAAUGUUGAUGUACAAGAACGAGAUAAUCAACCAAAUCAACAACAAGGUGGAAAUCAACGUGGUGGUCAUGAUCGUCAACAAAGUGGAUAUGCCCGACGUGCUGGUUUUCAAUAA